AUGACACAACCCAAGAAGCAAAAGAAAGAAGGCGAGAAUCCCUUUGCCAUAGUAAAGCAAUACCUGUUAGAUUGUCCGCACUUGCCAUCCAAUCAUCCCGUAAUCAAAGCCGCAAUGGAAGGAGUGGAAAAGGAAGAAACGAAACAAGCCCGAGACGCCAAACUGCAAAGCAGAUUUGCUCAGUCUGUUACGACUUCUAGCAGCAGUGCUAGCAAGGCUAUGUCAUCUACAUAUAAAACAACGAAAAAGAAGAACAACUCGGCCCUAUCCGAUGGAGUCUUGGUAAUGGCGCCUCCCAGCAGUGCCAAGGAAGCAAUUGGAAUGGGAGAGGAGCAGCAGCAGGACGAUGCCGCUAUGGAAUCCGAAUGGCAAGACGUGGAACCCACCAACAGCAACGAGGCAAUCGAACACGAGGUCCGUGAGGAUUCUUCGUCGUCGUAUUUGGGUCGCGAACUAACAAAAUCCGCCAUUGACAAGAUCUCCGAACACAAUAUGAAAGUGUCCACACCCCUCUCGGCAAUUGCCUUGGUAAUUCACGCCGCCUUGCGGUCCUUGGGCUUUAGCUGUACCGGAAUUCCAGAAGCCACUACUUCUGGAUUUGCAGCUCCGGUACGCGAAUUGCCAAAGUCGCAAUUUGUGCCCCAACGGUGGGACAAUAACCGCAAACUGGUCCAAUUGCGAUACCGCAAGGAUGGAUCCGGUGCCAUCAAGUUGAUUGUGCAAUUAACUGAAAAUGAACAGGUGCAAGUUCAAUUGGUCCCCGCCAAUAGCCAAGAACCACCCAGUCAGACCCUUGACUUUGCUAUGGAGGAACAUUUGAAUAUGGAUUCCUGGAAGGCAGCGACUGCCAAAACCAAAAAGAUUGCCCCCGCGUUACAUUUCAAGUUUUUGCCCAUGCUCCUUACCAAGUUUUGUCAAACGUACGAUUUGGGAAGUCCUAAUGAUGAUACUGAAGAAAGCAAUUCGAUCCCCUAUGUGGACAAUACCAUUACCACCAACAUUUUGAACCGCAGCAGUCUACCGACCACAUCUACUACAAUGAUUCCACCACAACCACCGACUGGUGUGCCAGUAGCGGUCAGCAACCCAUGGCAAAAUGGCCAUGUUCCUUCGACGCUCGACCAAGCCUUUCCUGGGAUUGCUGUGGGGACGAAUCAAGGACACUUUGCCGAUGAUUUGACACCGGCUGGUUUGCGAGAUCCACUUCGUAUGGGUGGUGGUAAUGGACGCAUGGGAGGCAAUCUCAUGGGUCCCAAUCAUCCAGCAUUCAUGGGAGGUGGUGGUGGUGGACCAGGAUGGAUGGGUGGUGGUGGUGGUGGACCAGGCAUGAGGGGCGGCCCCGGUACCAUGCAACCACGAUUUGAUCCCGUCCUUCCUCCAGGUGCGGUCGACAUUGGUAUCGAUGGAAAACCGCUUCGGAAUCGACCCAGUAGGUCUGGAAAUCCCAAUCCGGAUCAUCUGCAGCCACCCAAUUCGUUUGCGGGAGACAACAUGUUUAUGUAA